GACUCGACUAUCUCCGAAGAAAACCGAAACAUGUGGCCCCGCCCACGCCGACGCCAGCACUCGGUUCUCGACUAUCUCCGAAGUGAGCGGAAGUUUGUGGCCCCACCUCCAGUGAACUCAAGCUCCCGACUGUGCCCGAAGGAACCCGAACGGAGACCCCGCCUCAUCUCUCACGCUACGUUCCAGACCCCGCCUCCUUUCCGAAGCCUGUCUGUUCCUCUUCGGGCCCAAGGCUUUCGGCUCCUCCUCGUUCCGAGCCUGAAGCCCCGCCCCUUCACGUACUCGGAGCUCGGAGCCCAUUGCAGACCUGGACUCGAGUGCUGCUGCCGGCUCGCGCUCCUGGCGCCCGCUCCCGGGCUCCUUUCCUGCCCGCCCGGGGCCCUGACCGUGGCCUCAUCCCCGGCCCGAUCCGUGGGGCUCGGCUGGCGCCCCGAAGGAGCAGCCGGCGCGGGGGCGCACUGGGCGGGGGAGGCGUGGCCGGAGCCGCGGCGGCUCGCGGUCUGGGACUGCUCGGCCGCCUCCUUCCCGGCGGGCGGCUCAGACCAUGUCUCCAGAAGAAUGGACGUAUCUAGUGGUUCUUCUUAUCUCCAUCCCCAUCGGCUUCCUCUUUAAGAAAGCUGGUCCUGGGCUGAAGAGAUGGGGGGCAGCCGCAGUGGGCCUGGGGCUCACCCUGUUCACCUGUGGCCCCCACACUUUGCAUUCUCUGAUCACCAUCCUCGGGACCUGGGCCCUCAUUCAGGCCCAGCCCUGCUCCUGCCACGCCCUGGCUCUGGCCUGGACUUUCUCCUAUCUCCUGUUCUUCCGAGCCCUCAGCCUGCUUGGCCUGCCUACUCCCACGCCCUUCACCAAUGCGGUCCAGCUGCUGCUGACGCUGAAGCUGGUGAGCCUGGCCAGUGAAGUCCAGGACCUGCACCUGGCCCAGAGGAAGGAAAUGGCCACGGGCUUCAGCAAGGGGCCCACCCUGGGGCUGCUGCCCGACGUGCCCUCCUUGAUGGAGACAGUCAGCUACAGCUACUGCUACGUGGGAAUCAUGACCGGCCCGUUCUUCCGCUACCGCACCUACCUGGACUGGCUGGAGCAGCCCUUCCCGGGGGCCGUGCCCAGCCUGCGGCCCCUGCUGCGCCGCGCCUGGCCGGCCCCGCUCUUCGGCCUGCUGUUCCUGCUCUCCUCCCACCUCUUCCCGCUGGAGGCCGUGCGCGAGGACGCCUUCUACGCUCGCCCGCUGCCCGCCCGCCUGUUCUACAUGAUCCCCGUCUUCUUCGCCUUCCGCAUGCGCUUCUACGUGGCCUGGAUUGCCGCCGAGUGCGGCUGCAUUGCCGCCGGCUUCGGGGCCUACCCCGUGGCCGCCAAAGCCCGGGCCGGGGGCGGCCCCACCCUCCAAUGCCCACCCCCCAGCAGUCCGGAGAAGGCGGCUUCCCUGGAGUAUGACUAUGAGACCAUCCGCAACAUCGACUGCUACGGCACGGAUUUCUGCGUGCGGGUGCGCGAUGGCAUGCGGUACUGGAACAUGACGGUGCAGUGGUGGCUGGCGCAGUACAUCUACAAGAGCGCCCCUGCCCGCUCCUAUGUGCUGCGGAGCGCCUGGACCAUGCUGCUGAGCGCCUACUGGCACGGUCUCCACCCGGGCUACUACCUGAGCUUCCUGACCAUCCCGCUGUGCCUGGCUGCGGAGGGCCGGCUGGAGUCGGCCCUGCGGGGGCGGCUGAGCCCAGGGGGGCAGAAGGCCUGGGACUGGGUGCACUGGUUCCUGAAGAUGCGCGCCUACGACUACAUGUGCAUGGGCUUCGUGCUCCUCUCGAUGGCAGACACGCUUCGGUACUGGGCCUCCAUCUACUUCUGCAUCCACUUCCUGGCCCUGGCUGCCCUGGGGCUGGGGCUGGCAUUGGGUGGGGGCAGCCCUGGCCGGCGGAAGGCAGCCUCCCAGCCCACCAACCUUGCCCCGGAGAAGCUCCGGGAGGAGUAAGCUCCCGAGACGCUCCCUCUGCCAGCGGGUCCCGGGGAUUCUGUGAACCAGGCUGCUGUCUCCUCCCCAGAAGGAGUCCUUACCUUGGCAAGGUUCCUGGAGAGAAUUUCCUCUUCCCCAGCUAAUACCCUGCCUGCCACUGAAGCAGACUUGCCCUCUGCCCAGGGGCCUCCAGUGGCCACUCUCUUCCUACAAAAUCCAAGUCUUGUCCUGACAAGAGUCUCCCUUGCCCCUGCUCCGGCUUCGGGGUCUCCAGAGAGCACUGCACUUCCCAAGAACAGAAGGGGCCUAUGAGCGGCAGGUUUGGGCAGAUUCUCUUUCUGCAUCCACAGUGUGUGGUUGGAGCCUGGGGGAGGCCCUGGGAGUCGGCAGCCUCUUCCUGUGUCUUUUGCUCUGACUUUAGCUCAUCAUGCCCAUAUUGCAGACUUGGAAGGAAGCAUAAGCUUCCCAUUUCACAAAGGGGAAACUGAGGCACGGGUGCGCAGGCCUGGGGACUGCCACUCCACGGCUUACGUCUGAGUCACCUUGGGGCCCCAAUGCUCCUGGCUCCCUCUUCUCAUUCCUUGGCCUGUGACAGGUCACAGUGUGUAAAUCUUUCCCAAUAAAGUGUUGCACAAAUGC